UUAUUUAUAUGCAAUAAUUGCAUUAUGGGAAAUUGUUUGACGUCACAAGGUCAAAUUUGCAACAACGUUUGUGAUUGGUCGAUAUAGUCGAAAAUGGCAGCCCCUGCUUGACUCACAUGUUGAAGUUGUACGUUUGAUUAGCUGUUGAUAGAUAUAUGAGAAGGUUUAUAUGAUGUCAGGUCAUAUAAAGGUUUCACAUAGUGAACUUUGUUAUGAUGCUGAGGUCUUAUUGCCACUUAAAGAAGAUGUUUUGGAGAGGGAGACACUCAAAUCACAGUUUCCUUCAGCAGUGGGUUUGAGGUACCAUGUAGGAGGGGUGUUGAAAGCCGUUGCAGCUGAUACAAGAGGGUUUUCUUCUCCAGAUGGAGGUUGGGGAACAAGAAGAUAUAUUGUUGUAACAACAGCAGAACGUGCUGGACAAGCAAGAGAUAUCAUUGGCAACAGGCCAAGUACAAGUGGAUGGGCUCAGCAGAUUGCUUCUGUGUUUAAGUCGUCAAAAGCCACUUCACACCCAAGGACACAUUUCUCACCAAUACAGGGAGCUGCCUCCAGAAAAGACAUCAGACAACAAAUGAAGAAGAAGAAGAAGUUAUUUGAAAAGUCAUAUAAAGUUGUUUUUAUUGGAAAUAUAAAAUUGCCAGGCAUUCUGUGUGCAGAUAUUAUCCUAGAAGAAGGAUUAAUUAACAUAAGUUCGGAGGAUACAGAGGACACUAUUAAAAACAAACUACUUGACAUAUUUGACAGUACUGACAAAGAUCCCACCAAGAUCAAUUUUUUAUCGUGCUCCCAUAAAAAAUUAUCCAAACCAAAUGAACCAUCAACAUUCAAAUUUGAUGGAAUAGGGCUGAAGGCUCUGAUUGGUCAAGGGAAGCUAUAUGUUCUCGUCGAGGGCCCUGAGUUCGAAAAUGAUAUGGACAUGAUGGAUCAAAACAAAUUAGAUGACACAGACAUGACAGACGAGGAACUUCCAGUAUUCGGCAAGACACACUCUUUACAGAAACCACAAACAGACAUCACCAAAACUGUGCAAAGUCAAGAUAUAGUGGAAGGUGAUCCGGAAGGUGAUCGGGAAGAUACAGGCACACCGACAAUAACAUUUCAUCCAUCGUGCUUAGAACGUAGAGAGCGUAGAUCUCGAUUAAGCUUGCGGUCAUCUACUGGUAAUGAUGCUCCAGCAUGUCCUUCAACUUACAGGUCAUAUGUCCAGCUGUUUGAAACUGAAAUAGUAACAGUUGAUGACUCUGAUGAUGAAGGUGACAAAACCAUACCAAUGGAUGUUGAUAUUAGUUUGCCAGAGUUAUUAAUAAAGUUACAGUCACAGGUUGACCUGGAGAAGAUAACGAAAUUCAAUAUCAACAGAAACCUUGUUUUAGAUGGUGCUCGGAGUGCCAUUAAAAGGAAAUCCUUCUGUGCUAAAAGCAAGAUAAGUGUGAAGUUUACGGACGAUGUAGGAAUCGCAGAAGGUGCCAUAGAUGAAGGUGGACCAAAAAGAGAGUUCUUGAGAAUGCUGAUGAAAAAGAUCCAAUACCUGCACAUUUUUGAAGGUCCUGAAAACAAGAAUUUUGGCCUAUAGUACAUCAGCCCUAGAAGACAAUCUGUACAGAGAUGUUGGAUUAUUCUUUUCCCUAUCCAUUGUACACAGAGGACCAUCACCAAAAUUCCUUUCUCCAGCUAUGUACAAUGCGUUAGUGGGACAAGCUGGAGAAAGGAAUAUUGAAGAUAUAGCAGAUGGUGACUUGAGAGGAGAAGUUCAAAAGAAGAUGAGGAUGGUGAAAUUACCUUAGGUGAUGUUUUAUCAUUUGCAACUGGAGCAGACUGUGUACCUCCAUUAGGAUUUGAUCCAUCACCAUCUAUUACUUUUCUUCAUGACUCAGGAUUGUUUCCAAAAGCAAACACAUGCUCAAUGGAGUUGAAGCUUCCAGUUUCAGUAGAUUUUAAUACAUUCAGAAAACACAUGACUUUUGGAAUUGCAAACUCACCAGGCUUUGGACUGGCAUGAACCAUUCAUGGGAGCCUAUAAUUUUAAUAUUCAUCCAUACUUCAUCUUCAUUUUUUGUCUUGCCUGGUGCAAAGGUUGUUACAAAUACAAAUUUGAAUAUUUCUGUAUAAAUAUAUUGAUCAUAUAAAUUCUUAUACAAAUGGUAUCAUGUUGUCGUUGUCCAUAGACAUUUGGUUUUCACACAAUAACUUUAGUAUAAGUAAAUAAAAGUCUAUGAAAUUUAAACGCAUGGUUUUUUACCACAAAAGGAAGGUUGGGAUUGAUAUUUGGAGUUUUGGUCCUAACAGUUUAGGAGGAAGAGGCCAAAAGGGUAAAAUUUUAACUCUUUUUUUGUUUGUUGAUUUCAUCAAAAAUUGAAUUAUUUGGGUUCUUUGAUAUGUCGAUUCUAACCGUGUAUUUGGAUUCUGAAUUUUUGGUCCUGUUUUCGAAUUGGUCUACAGUAAGAUCCAAAGGGUCCAAAAUUAAACUUAGUUUGAUUUUAACAAAAAAAUAAUUCUUGGGGUUGUUUGAUAUGCUGAAUCUGAAAAUGUAUGAAUUUUAAUUAUGGGCCCAGUUUUCAAGUUGGUCCAAAUAGGGGUUCAAAUUAAACUUUUGUUUGAUUUCAACCAAAAUUGAAUAUAAGGGGUUCGUUCUUUGACAUGCUCAAUCUAACCAUGUAUUUAGAUUUUUGAUAUUUGGGCCCCGUUAUCAAAUUGGUCCACAUUAAGGUCUAAAGGGUCCAAAAUUGGAACUUUAUUUGAUUUCAUCAAAAAUUGAGUUCUUGUGGUUCUUUGAUACGCUGAAUCUAACCAUGUAUUUAAAUUUUGGAAAAUGGACCAUAAAAAGUGAAUGUCCAAUUUAAAACUUUUCAGCUUUUAGACCCCAUUCAUUCUGUGUCAGAAACCUAUGCAGUUUCAACUUUUUAAUCACAAUCCAAAUUCAGAGCUGUAUGAAACUCGAAUGUUGUGUCCAUAUUUGCUCCCACUUUUCAGGGUUCCACUUCUGCGGUCGUGUCAAGCUGUGCCCUGCCAAACAUUUUAUUAUGUUAUAGUUUUGAACAACAAGAAACUCGGGUGUAUUAUAUGUUAAAUUGUUGUUUGACUCAAACUGCACAGACAUCUGAGUUUGAUUAUUUUGUAAAACAUGUAUAACAGUUAGGGAAACUGAUGAGUUGUUGAAAAUAAAAUAUUUAGAUCUAAUGUUAUCAUAAUACUAUGAACUUUUGUUUUGCAAUUUAUGGAGAACAUAACUGUCAGGUUUAUUUUCAUUAAAAUGUUUUAUUAAA